AUGGAACGCAAUAACAUUGGAGUUGCUAUGACCAACCCAAUGUCGAGUUACCUUGAAGAACAGCUGGAAAGGCGGUUCAAUCUGUUCAAGCUUUGGAAAUCUACAACGCUGGAUUCCCACACCGCCAAAUCCAUCAGAGCGGUGGUUUGCAGUACUCAGGUUGGUGCCACCGCCGAUUUGAUCGAUUCCUUUCCGGCUUUGGAAAUCGUAGCGACGUUCAGUGUGGGGUUGGACAAAGUUGAUUUGAAGAAAUGUAUGGAAAAGGGGAUUAGAGUUACCAACACUCCCGACGUUUUGACGGACGAUGUCGCCGAUGCUGCGAUUGGACUUGCCAUAGCGGUUUUGAGAAGGAUUUGUGAGUGUGAUCGCUUUGUUAGGAGUGGUUCCUGGCUCACUCGCGAAUUCAGAUUGACAUCUAAGUUCAGUGGCAAAUCAGUAGGGAUAAUUGGGUUAGGAAGAAUUGGGUCAGCCAUAGCGAAGAGAGCUCAAGCAUUUGGUUGCACCAUCAAUUAUUUCUCAAGGACCGAAAAGCAUCAACACACCGACUACAAAUACUUCCCCAAACUCCUAGACAUGGCUAAGAAUUCCCAGAUUAUGUUCGUUUCAUGUGCUCUAACGGAAGAAACCAAGCACAUUGUGAAUCGGGAAGUACUUGAUGCAUUGGGACCAAAUGGCAUUCUUAUCAACGUGGGUCGAGGUGCUCACGUCGACGAGCCCGAACUCAUCUCGGCACUGCUGGAGGGUCGUUUGGGAGGAGCGGGAUUAGAUGUAUAUGAAAACGAACCCCAUGUAGCUGAACAAUUGAUUCAUCAGCUUGAGAAUACAGUGCUUUUGCCUCAUGUGGGAUCUGAUACCAUUGAUACUAAUAUUGCCAUGGCUGACCUUGUCAUUGCCAACUUGGAAGCUCACUUCAAGAAUCAACCUCUCAUCACUCCUCCGGAAAAUUGGUUGAUGAUAUCUGCUUAUGUUUGGAAAUUGUUGCUCCGAUCCGCCGGAACUUUUCGCCGCUUUUUGAGAAUGGAGAGUAUAGGAGUUGCAAUGACCACUCCAAUGUUCGGUUAUCUUGAACAAAACCUUGAGAGACGAUUCAAUCUCUUCAAGCUUUGGAACCAUCCUCUCGACUCCGACUUCCUUCAACACAACGCUCAAUCAAUCAGAGCAGUAGUCGGCUGCACCACGUCCGGCGCCGACGCUCAUUUGAUUGAUACAUUCCCCAAUUUGGAAAUCGUAGCCACCUUCAGCGUCGGACUGGACAAGAUUGAUUUGCCGAAAUGUUUGGAGAAGGGGAUAAGGGUUGUUAAUACACCCGACGUGUUGACGGACGAUGUCGCCGACGCUGCGAUUGGACUGGCCAUGGCGGUUCUGAGGAGGAUUUCUGAGUCUGAUCGGUUCGUCAGAAGUGGGUCUUGGAUGAAAGAUGAAUUCGGAUUGGCAACGAGGUUCAAUGGCAAGUCCGUUGGCAUUCUUGGGUUGGGAAGGAUUGGUUCAGCCAUUGCCAAAAGAGCAGAAGCAUUUGGCUGCAACAUCGGUUAUUUCUCAAGGACUGAAAAGCAUCACAGUGGUUACAAAUACUUUCCCAGCGUCUUAGACUUGGCUGCAAAUUCCCAGAUUCUGUUUGUGUCAUGCAUUCUGACUGAAGAAACUAAGCACAUUGUCAAUAGAGAAGUAAUUGAUGCAUUAGGACCAAAUGGCAUUCUUAUCAAUGUUGGACGAGGUGCUCAUGUCAAUGAAUCUGAGCUAGUCUCAGCGCUACUUGAACGACGUUUAGGUGGGGCGGGAUUAGAUGUAUUUGAAAAUGAGCCCCAUGUUCCUGAAAAAUUGCUUGAGCUUAAUAAUGUAGUUCUUCUGCCUCAUGUGGGAACAGAUACCAUUGAGACCAGCAUCGCAAUGGCGGACCUUGUGAUUAGGAACUUGGAGGCACAUUUCAGGAAUGAACCUCUGAUUACUCCUGUGAUUUGAUUUUGUUAUACUUUUAGCCAUUUCCUGGUGUCAUUGAAACUCUUGAACAAGGGUGUUAAUCUUAUUGUUGUCUUACGAUCUCUCUUGUUUCCCAGAAAGAUCGUUGUCAUGCAGUCUUUAGUGGAUGAAAAAUAUGUCCAUUUCUCAUUCUAGCUGGCCCCUUAUUUAUCAGGCGGCCUUGUUAGGGGUUUCAAUUUGUAAAUACGAUUCCAAUUGACAAGUCUUGGACAAUUUAUUACCAUUUCAAUCAACAAGGAGAUUUUCUGUAA